AUGGGACUUGGAGUGUUAGACAUCAGGGAUACGUAUGUGCCAGGCACAUCGGACAUCCUUCAGACGCAGUGCUCUUACGAUGAUGGGCCGCCUGAUCCUAGAUUGAAGUAUGACCGCACAGGUGCAAUACCGAUACUACUAGUCCCUCAACCAAGCGAUGGUCCAGAUGAUCCGCUGAAUUGGCCACUUUGGAGGCGCGAUGUCAUACUGUUCGCCCUCUGCUUCGUAUCAGUACUUUGCGCGACAACCAGUUCUUUGAUGGCUGCCAAUACUGUGACCAUUGCCCUUGACUAUGGAAAAAACUUCACGUCGGUUGCGCUUCUUACAGGAUAUCAUCUCUGUGGGGUCGGAGUCGCAGGCAUCCUCAUCGUACCCACCGCACGGGUAUGGGGCAAACGUCACUUGUUUCUGUUGGGCAAUCUUUUGAUGAUUGCCAGCUGUGCCUGGGCUGGGGCCAGUAAGCAUAAUUAUCAAAGCCUUCUCUGGGCACGGAUCUUCCAAGGGGUUGCGCUGGCGCCCUUUGAAGCUUUGGUCAAUGCUUGUGUCGGCGAUCUGUUCUACGUUCAUGAACGGGGUAAGAGGAUGACACUGUCCAACGUUGCCUUGUUUGGUGCUGCUUUCCUCACACCAGUUCUAGCUGGUAAAAUCACCCACAGUCUUGGAUGGGAUUGGACAUUCUAUCUAGUGUCUAUCUUUACAGCGGCAGCACUUCCUCUUACUUUCUUUUGUGUCCCAGAGACUGCUUUUCGGCGCUCGGAAGAACCAGGUUCAGAAACAUUCAAUUUGCAUGACCGCCGCUUGGAAACUGGUACGAGAUCACGGUCACAAAUGGAUGACGACUCCCGAGUCCGUCGGGAACCAGAUGAGCCAGUGCAACAUGUUCUUCCUGUCAUUGGCAGACCUACAGAAGGGCCUCCAUCCAAAGAACUACCUCAAGACGCGCCAACUGAGACCGGCGCGCUCAUGAAUGUUUCCUAUUUACAGACCCUCAGGCCCUUCAAUGGCCGGAAAACAGACGAAAGCUUUUUCAAGCUUCUCCUGCGUCCUUUCCCUCUUUUCUUCCACCCGGCGAUUUUCUGGGCAUGUUUGAUUCAAGGCGUCAUUAUUGGGUGGACCGUAUUUAUCGGGGUCGUAUUGGCGGCCAUCUUCCUCGGCCCUCCGCUGUGGUUCAAUGAGGUGCAGACGGGGUACCUCUACACUGGUGCUUUCGUCGGAUCCAUUCUAGGUUUGGUUAUCUCGGGUCUACUGUCCGAUUGGAUGAACCAGGUGAUGAUUAAACUUAACCGAGGACGAUACGAGCCCGAGUUCCGAAUUCUCCUGAUCGUCUUUCAGCUAGUUUUCAGCGGGGCCGGCCUGUAUGGCUUUGGCCUCGUCGCCGAGGACAUUGCAAGCUACGGAUGGCUCGUAGCGGAUGUCUUCUUAGCGCUGGUCGUCAUUGGUAUGGUGAUGGGCGCAGUGUCUAGCGCGCUGUAUAUUGUUGAUGCACAUCGGGAGAUCGCCAUCGAAUCUUUCACCUGCAUGCUGAUCUUCAAGAAUCUGUUCAGUUUCGUGUUGACGUUUUUUGCCUACAAUUGGCUGUUAUCGAACGGCAUUCGCCCGGCGUUCCUGGCGAUUGGUAGCAUCCAAAUGGGAAUUUGCGCUCUGAGUGUUCCUAUGUAUGUGUUUGGCAAGUGGAACCGCUUCUUUUUUCACAGACACGAUAUACUGAAGACCCUGCAUCUAUGGUGA